CAAUAAAAUAAAUAGUAGUCACUAUCAAACGUUAUCAUAAAAAAAUAUUAAAUUUACACGAGUCAAACAACUUUCUAAAAAAAAAACAGAAGUGCUGCAUUUUGUCAAUGGUAGUUAAGAAAAAUUGCGAUAAAAAACUUUUCUUGUCUAUUGAUUCAUCCAUCGUUGCCCCACCGACUGAUGUGAAAUUUUCUCGAUAAAUUCUUUAAUUUAUCGUUUUAUAAGAAAAUUCUACUUAGAAUUAACGUAUAGACUAACGGGGCAAUCGUUAAAUUCAACCUAAAUAUAGGCUCGUGUCGCAAAACGGCUUAAACCUUCUUCGUGUAUGUCACCUGUGCGUUCAUCGGGCGAUAGCUUUCGAUCGGUUUCGCACGUCCUACAAUAAACAAUAGUUUGUUUUUGCGGCGUAUUCACGCGGGCGAUCGAUCGCGUGCGGUGUUGUGCAGUGGUAAUGGUCGGUGCAGUGGCGGUGGAGGUGGAGAUGCAUCAGUGAAGGGAAGGAGCGCUAGCAGCAGGGCUCGCCAGGGACUCAGAUGUUGGAGACGCGAACCGCGCGCGCCGCAGACUCGGUGUGGGCGAGCAAGCCGCUGCCGGCGCCGCACGCCAUGGCCAACCCGAGACAUGGGAAAAACGCUCAGGAGGACGUGUGCUAUGUGGUCGCGAAAUACGACUACGCAGCGCAGGGCGCCCAAGAACUCGAUCUGCGCAAGAACGAGCGAUACCUCCUGCUCGACGACUCGAAACACUGGUGGCGUGUACAGAAUGCACGCUCCCAGUCGGGCUAUGUACCUAGCAACUAUGUCAAGAAGGAGAAGCCUUCGCUCUUUGACAGUAUUAAGAAGAAAGUUAAAAAAGGCUCCGGUUCGAAGACACUUCCCUCUAACAGCUCUCCAGUCCGCGGCGGCACCGAGUCGCCCGGAGCGAGGCGCGUCGCAGAACCAACGGAGGCAUUAGGGACCGCCGUCGUCAAGUACAACUAUCAAGCGCAACAACCCGACGAGUUGUCGCUCACCAAAGGGACCAGAAUCCUGAUCCUGGAGAAGAGCAACGAUGGAUGGUGGCGGGGGCAGUACCAGGGGCACACUGGAUGGUUUCCGUCCAACUACACGAGCGAAGAGGGUGAUGCCGAGGACCCGGUCCACACUUACGCUAUGGCGGAGAACGUUCUAGAUAUUGUUGUGGCAUUAUACUCGUUCACAUCGAACAACGAGCAAGAGUUAUCGUUCGAGAAGGGCGAUCGGCUGGAGAUCGUGGAGAGGCCGCCCUCCGACCCCGAGUGGUACCGCGCGCGGGACUCGCGCGGGCGACAGGGGCUAGUACCGCGCAACUACCUGCAGGAGCUGGCCGACUACCUCGCCAUGCCAUAUAGUGAAGCGACGGAAGGCGGUCGAGCCGUGGCGGGAACUGGUGCCCAGGGUCGAGCCUGGUACUACGGCGCCAUCACGCGCACGCAGUGCGACACGCUGCUCAACCAGCACGGACAUGACGGCGACUUCCUCAUCAGAGACUCCGAGACUAAUGUUGGCGAUUUUUCAGUAUCCCUAAAAGCGCCGGGCCGUAAUAAACACUUCCGCGUCCACGUGUCCGGGUCCCUGUACUGCAUCGGGCAACGCAAGUUCCCGACACUCGACCAGCUGGUCACCCACUACCAACGGGCGCCCAUCUACACGAACAAGGCGGGCGAAAAGCUGUACCUGGUGCGCCCGCUGCCCCGCGCCGACCCGCCCUGCUGAGUGCUCACCGUCACCACCGCCACCACCACCACCACCGCCACCACCGCACCACACUGGUAGCCGCCAUUUUAUUUUACUUUUAUGAUAUGUGACGUUUUCAAUCUAGAGGUACCACAUUGCCGCUUACCAUAAGGACGAAAUUUGCUUGUAUCCACAUACAAAUAACCUGUCAGAGCGUCCUUAUGGCAAGUGACAAUGUGGUACCUUAUGCUUGAAAACGACACAUUUUUACACACUAUACAUAUUUGUAAUAACCGGUCGGCAUCAUAUACCUAGAUAAUGGCGGUCAAAAUAACCACAUGUAUCGAAACACAUCCUAUUAACUUCCAUGGUGACCGACAUGUGUUAAAAUAUUUUUCACCGUCACUAUUUAUUAGCCCAUGACUGAACGAAACGAACUUAAAAUAAAGAUCAAAUGAAACGCAUUUCGUAAUCAACAAACAAUAUUUAAAUAAAAUUUUUGCUACUUAACUAAGUAGUAAAACUAGCUAAAUUCAGCUAUAUUUAAAAACAGCUCCAUUGUAUAAAUACAAUAGAAACAAAAAAAAUUGGUGAAUUUUAGGCCAAUAAACACAAUAAGUUACAAUAAACCCCAUAACUAUUGUGUGUAUUGAUAGCUAUACUUGUAUGUUUCGCAUAUUGUUCCAACUAAUCCGAGAGUAUUUAUUCAUAUCUCAGAUAUUAGUGAAUCUAAAUAAAACAACGCUUUAAAAAAUCCCUAAACAAAACGCGAAACAAACAAACUAAAAUGGCGGAACCUAGCGAAGCGAAUACUAUAAUUAACUUUAGAUACCGUAAUGAAAUUACUGACUUUCCACGCUUCCUUUACUAAUAUUCCUCAUUUCAUUCAAAGUCAAUUUGUAAACAAUUUUCAUUCCAAUAUACUGUAAAAUUAAACUAUACAGGGCCUUGUAUCAAAAAUUAUUAGUCGUUCUGACUUGGUUUUAAAAAUAUGACUUAAGUAUUUAUACCAGUGUUGGCUGAACGUUAAUUGCAAUUAACCAUUAACCAGUACAAAUUGAACCGUAAACCGUAACGGACGGUAACAGCUUCGGGUUCAAUUUGUACUGGUUAAUGAUUAAUUGCAUUAACGUUUCGGCCAACACUGAUUUAUACUUAUAUACUCGCUACAAAAGUUGUAUCAGUCAAAAACGUUCAGUUUGAUAGUCAAUUUACGACAUAUAUUAAAUUAAUUAGAUAUAUUAUUAGUUGCGCCAUUAGAAAGGCUCCUUAAGGAAUAAAAUCUGACCAAGUAACAGAUAUAAAUUUUGAAAAACAAGGCCCUGUUAAGUUUAACUAUGGCUACCUUGAACGGUUAACAUGACGUCAAAUUGCGAUUAUUCUCAGUAUUUCAUUGUUUUCAAUGAAACAUUUAGGACAAAAAAAAUCGCACUAAAUGUGAGCGCCAUGUUACUCGCGCCAAGCUUUAAAACGCAUUUCAUUUUUGCCAACCACAACAUUGCAUCUCUUUUCUUUUGGCAUACGAAAACAAGAGAUGCAAUUAUUAGGCCUUUGGCCUUAUAAAGUUAGUCGAAACAGGGCCAAUGUUUCAUUAGUAACUUAUCUUUGUUUAAUAUAGUACAAGUUUAUAGGGUUUUUAUACUAAUGAAAUAUCGAACCCCUUAAGCAAAUAUACUUGAAGUGCCGAUUUCGGAUCCUACAAGAAACUUUAACAUAUGGAUACUGGUUUUAAGGCCUAAUUGUAUAGUGUCCUAUAACAAAACCUACCAACGACAAUUUUUGUAAACAACUAGAGUCCGUCUGAGCUAACUCAACGUAUUCAUAGGAAUUUGACGUUUGUGCUAUACUACUACGUUCUGUCACUGGAAAGUCCGCAGAUUUAGCUUGGCCCGACUUUAGCGACCAGAACAGUAAAAAAAAACAAUUUCAUAUAUCUGACAUGUUAUGUCACUCAUUGUCUCGUGUGUUCCCUCAACUAAUUAUUAGACCCUGGAGUUGUAAAUUUGCGACGACCUUGACAUAUUUAAUUUAAUUAAUGUCAUUAACGGGUCUAACGUGAUUAAACUUCAUUAUUUUACCUUUUUUCCGACGUUUCAGCUAGGUUGCACUAGCUGUGGUCACGGAAGACAAAACGCGAGAGUUUAAAGUGUUAUAGUUAAUUUAAAAUAGAAAUUUGACUAUCAUUUGGACGCGAUAUCUCAAGCAGUGUUGGCCGAACGUUAAUUGCAAUUAACCAUUAACCAGUACAAAUUGAACCGUAAACCGUAACGGACGGUUACAGUUUACGGUUCAAUUUGUACUGGUUAAUGGUUAAUUGCAUUAACGUUUCGUCCAACACUGAUCUCAAGGGUUCAUCCGAGUACCGAACUUUGUGCCAUUAUAUGGUAUGUUGUUUCUUAGGCUCGGAAUUUAGGUAAAAAAAACUUAAAUGUCUUGUUCUGUAAAUGAAGUUCUUUGUAGGAGAACGAAACCGGCCACUUGCCUAGUUUAAUACGGCGUUGAUGCAACGCCAAAAUAUUAAUAAUUACAAUAAUAAACCAAAAAUUGGCUUCUUUAUUGCAUCUCUAAUAGCAUAAGACCAUUUUCUAUAUCAUAUUAUUUAGGUAAGUUACAGUAGAGUAAUGUAAAAUGUUUUUUAUAGUUCAUGUGUAGAUACGUGAGACGUGUGUGCGUCAUAGUUUAAAUGCUUCAUACAAAUUAAUAUAUGAGUGAUUGCAAAAAGGGCGGUUUGGUAAAGUUUGAUAUGUAAAUAAUUUGAUUAUAUUUUGACUUCCUAGAUCUAAAAGGAGUGAAUAAAAAACCACGUGACUUAGUCGUUUAGCUAAUGAUUUCAUAUAUAAAAUUGUACCUCAGUGGCCGAAUGACCAAGUUCUGUGGUUUUUAGUUUACAUUACUUCAUAAAGUAAUGAAAAUCAAAUACCAUAUGGACAUAUCCAUAUGGAAUGGAAUAGACUAUAGAUUCCUCAAUAACAUAAUGUAGGAUCUGCCAAAAUGCCAUAGGUUCUUUUUUAAUAAAACGAAUGUGGAUUAUGUGUGUGUAAUAUUAUUAUUUAGAUUUAUAUACGCAGUAUUCAAACAAUAAUUUGCACAUAAAUAAGGAAUAUGAUUUUAAGUAGGUACUUUUUCAUAACUUAUAACCAUUUGUAAACUUUUUUGUCUAUAAAUGGUUCAUAAAAACUUCCCUUUUUGCAAUUGUCGAUCCAAACACAUUUUAUACACACCAGUACGCAUAUACGUUGUGAUGUUUGGCCACGUAAGUUAUAUGUAAGUCAUUCAGGGAGGUCGCGGGUCGGGGGAUUUUGUACUUUUUUAUAAAAGGGCAUAGUGCCCGAGUAAUACCUAAUACCGGAGACUAAAAUAGUAUAAAGUCAAGGAAAAACGUGCCGUAAAUAAUUUUACUAUAUUUUUUUAGGGCAUCUUUUGAAAUCUAAACUCAUUUCACAGGCUGGGCUCUUUACGGGAGGGUUAUAUACAAAUCGGCUGAUAGUAUAUGGUUUUGUGUAGUAAAACAAUUAAGUAUCUAUCCAUCGAUGGUAAGAUAAACCUGAGAAUGAUAUGUGAAUGGCCAAUUUGCCAUACGUAUAAUGGAGUGACGUAGCUUGUCGCGGUCGCCAUGUAAGGUGCCAAAAUGAAAGAACAAUCUAUUGAUGAGUAAAUACUAAUUUAUUUCGAAUCUAGUGUUUAGAAUCUAGAAUAUCUAGAUUAUAUCGGAUAAACAAAAGCCUACGACAUUCGUUCGAUACACACGUCACGUUUUUCUUUAAUUUUAACACUAUUACAUUAGUCUCUGUUAAAACAAAGACAAUGAGACAAAAUAGUUUAUUCUGAGGCGUAAUUAGACAAAUUAUUUCGUCUCAUUGGAAUUGUUUUGCGUAGAAUAAAGUCUGAUUAGGAACGCGUAGACUGUUUCCGCAACUUAAGUCUUUUGACAACGAAUUAGGUCCCAGUGCGAAGGAGACGGUCGCAGUUCAAACUGUCAUUUAUAUCUUUAUUUAGUAUUGUUUAGUAACCAUAACCCAAGCCUUAUUGAGGUAAUAGUGGGGCUAGGUCGAUUGAUGUAAGAUGUCUCAUAAUAGUUGUUUAUUUAAAUGAAGCAUACUUUAGGUUGUGAUAGUAUAUGCCAGCCGUAACAGUUCAUUGACAAUUUAUCCAAUCAUCCUGGUUUUGUGCCAAUUUUGUACUAAAAUUACGGAUUGGUUGGACAAAUUGGGUCAAUCGAUCUAUAUUUUUCUAGUAUCUGUCUUAUAAAAAUAAUAUUUAAUUGUUUAUAACACCAUACAAAGGCAAAAUAAUACACGACGACACGUAUGCGUUAUGAUAAACUUUUUCAUAUCUCAGAUAAGCGAAAAACAAAAUAAACUUUUUACGGUUACUUUUUUUUAUUGUCUAGUGUGAACUUAGCAAUCAUAGCAUCAAGGUUUUUUGCCACUGUCUUAAAAAAAAGAUGUCGUUUGAACUGCGACGGGUAGGAUUGGAAUCUCAGAUUUCCGCUGAUGUGACUCUCACUAGUCAUAACGCCGGCAUCACAAGCAGCGCUUCGCUUUUUAUAUUAUGUCAGAUUAUACAUUACCUUUUAUUUACUCGGCUAUAACACGGCGUGUGAGCGAGACAGGGCGACGUAUGUAGUGGUGUCUCGCUCACAUUGGAGCAAUGUGUACUGCCUUAGUAUACGACCAUGCGGGUAUCGUAUAUGUCUAGGUAGUUAAUUAAUAGUUGACUUAAUCUCACUGCUUUAAGGUCUAAAAUAGUGUAACUACUAAAUGAAAAUAUUAUAGUCAUGAAAAAGAACAAAAAAUAUAAUUUAAGACUUAAAAACCCUAGGGAUAAAAAGUAAUACUUAAGCAAUUUUAUAAUCAUAGGGCAAAUGUAAGUACUCUAGAAAAAUAACUAAAUUUAUAGAUAUUUAUGGCGAAUUUUGCCAAUCAGGAUUAGACUUCCUUACUUAUUAGUUGUAUUUCUAGUAUGUAUAUGCAUUUGCCCCAAUGGAUUCCUCUAAUAAUAAAAACAUAGUUGUAUACGAUUCCCGUAUAUUUUUGUGUGAAAUGAACGACGGCAGCUGUUGUGUUGUUUUUUUAUAUAUAUUUAUGUUAAUUUUGUAGAUAUUUUAAUUUUAACGCAAUAUAUCACAUCGACUUGUAUUUUGAACUGAUUUAUGAGUAUAGUGUGGAUGUAGUUAGUAUACAGUCGUGUAAGCUUGUGCCUGCUACAGAGAGCGCACCGCUCUCGGUAAAUCGGUCAAACGAACUAGAUUCGGUAGUUUAGUUCCUUUAGUUCAGUUCGGUUGUUGAGAGACGGGAGCCCAGGAAUGAAAAGGAAUCAGUUUUACACUCGAUUUUUUUCCAAUCUUUGGUAUCUGUAUAUAUUUCAAAGUGUACGAUAUAAUAUGUCCUUAACACCUUAACACAAUAAAAAUAUUAAAAUAUAUAGAAAAAUAUUUGAUUUUUCCAUCUUACUUUUUGGGCUUUGGCGUGUCACGUCGUUCUUUCAUCUCGUUCGCACUUGUGCCAGCGACAUUGUGAACCGUUUCGUUCCGUCCGUUUUCUGUUUCACUCAGUCAAGCACUUUCCAAUCCCACUGAACUAAAGUAUCUAAAGAGCGUGCAAAGAUUUAGUUCCUUUCGGUCCUUCACGGGAUUUCAUUCUUAACAGUUCUUAGUUCAUGACCGACUCAAGCCUACAGUCGUGGAUAUUGACCGUAUUAGGAACACUCUUGACAGUCCAUUAUGUACCUUGUCUCUUUUCAAUAAGGUUUAAGAAUUGUGAGUUGACAGUGGACGAUGUACCUCGGAAUAAUCUUAAAUAUCGUGUGCCCAUCAAUGAUAGAGUCUGUGCGUAGAAUGUAUUGGGUCCCAUACAUUUCACGACUCUUCUCUUUCCGCACAGACUCUAUUAUAUAACUAUAGAUAGGUUAUACUCAUAUUUGGAGCACAAAAAAUAAAUACUUCUAUAAUUACCUACUAAGAAAUCUGUUAUUUUUGAUUAAUUUUCGCAUUUCAGCCAUCUUUGUCAUACUUGUUCGUGUGUCUCUUUCUGUGUGCGAGACCUCGUUAGCACGUGCACAUAUCUCCCUUGUCUAGGCACGACUAAAGGCAGCUUGUACAGUUUGUACAAGGUAACACCUAUAACCUAUCUUUAGUUAUAAUAUCAUUGGUGCCUAUGUGUCAAAUGUAAAAUUUUGAGAGAUCAUCUUCUCAAAAAUAUUUCACAUUCUUACAGUUUCAAUUGUAUGCUCGUAAUUUUGUGUUCUUAUUGCGGGUAAGUGCAGUUUUAUUUAAAUUAUAACUAUUCCUAGCGACUACAGGAUUGUGUAUCGUCCAAGUAAGAGCUCCAAUAAAAUGUAUAUCUUUAGAAUACAUUCGGAUACUUCUAUAAUAAAACCUUUUCCAGGCAUAGUAUCAACCACAUUCAACUUUAGCAUCCCGAUUUAGGUUCAAACUAGAUUGCACUUUCGGGAAAUGUAACGACUUGCUGGAUUAAUUGGCAGUGUUGGCCGAACGUUAAUUGCAAUUAACCAUUAACCAGUACAAAUUGAACCGUAAACCGUAAUGGACGGUUAUAUAUAUAUUUGGAUUUUCUUGGAAAACCUAGUAGAUUUGUGCGGCCUGGAAAAGGGUUAAAAAUCCCAUUAUUUAAAUAUCACAAAAAAGUUAAUAUGAGUUAGUUUACCUGAGAAACAUCUUAUACGGUAGUUGCGAAUGAAAAUGACUUCAUUGGUAUCCAAAUGUACCCUCAAAGAAAUUCUAAAAGUGUAUCAGACCGGCUAGCAUGAGUUGCGUACUCGCGAGUCUAUACUUGAAGUCGCGCUAGAUGUAUGGAGUCGCGCCCGAGAACGCAACUCAUGCUAGCAGGUCAGGUCAGGUGGGGUAAAAAAGAACAUAGUUUAUUUUGCACGGGAUAAGAAAUAAAAUAUGAUUCCAAAAUUUUGACCAUUUUUUUGGCACCAGGCUUGAAAAUACUAGUAAUUCUAAGUGCGACGAACCCAAAAUGUAAGAUUAACCGGUUCCCAACUUUUUUUUAAUAAUGCCCUGGUGUUCGUUUUACACCACCUGUCUUCAUAUUGGCAGCGAUUUAAUUUUUUACUUUCAACUGAAAUAGAUUAUUUUUAUACAACAUUUUGCUUAGCAGCGUAUGUAGAAUAAGCUAGAACGAUCUCUGUGCGACACGCACUGAAUGUGUGUUGAGUAAAGCACUGUAUAGAACUAUCUCUAUGCGACACGCACUGAAUGUGUGUUGAGUAAAGUACUGUAUAGAACUAUCUCUAUGCGACACGUACUGAAUGUGUGUUGAGUAAAGAACUGUAUAGAACGAUCUCUAUGCGACACACAGAAUGUGUGUUGAGUAAAGAACUGUAUAGAACGAUCUCUAUGCGACACACAGAAUGUGUGUUGAGUAAAGAACUGUAUAGAACGAUCUCUAUGCAACACGCACUGAAUGUGUGUUGAGUAAAGAACUGUAUGGAACGAUCUCUAUGCAACACGCACUGAAUGUGUGUUGAGUAAAGGGUGUUUUCCGUUCGCUUCCAUUAUUUUAUACGAGCAUUUAUUUUCUAUAUGUCCAGAUUUGAAUAUUAACAGUAUUUAAGUGAUACUCUACAGUAACUAUGUACCUUCAUGAAUUUUAUGAGUUAGAAUCAGCUUUUGUGUUGGAAAACAUCCUUCUGGUUUUGAAUACGAUUGUGAGUUUGGCAUAUGACUUGAGUUAAUUAAAAGUACAACAGAUAACUUGUAUUAUCCAUUUUUAAGAGUGAAAUAAUAAUGAUUUAGGAAUCAAUACAUAUUUUGAUGUCAUUCAUUGUUAUGUGUGUUAACGACAUACGACAUGUAUGUAUUUUACACAUUUAAUUGCAAAUAAUUGAGUCUUUAUGAUGUCAAUAUUGAUGUCAAAAACUGCAAAACUCAUAUGAUAUGCCAAACGCCUGACUAGAUAUUUUUAAUGUAUUGUACUUUUGUACUCGGUAACGUAGAAUGAAAAAUGUAGUGUUGUACAUAUUUUAUAUGAUACCUACCCUAUUAUUGACCAGGAUAUUGAUUAAACAUCGCAAGUCUUACGUUAACCGUUUUACCGCCAUACGUGAAACGAAUACAUAUAUUGUAUCGAAAGAAUUGGUUUGAAAUCUAAAUGUAAAAAAUAGGAAUGUCAAAUCACUAAAACGGAUAAUAAACUCCGAAAUAAGCAUUUAAAAUGCCGUAAACGUCUUAAUACAUAACUCUGGCAAGAAAAUUUCUACUUGUUUAAAAUUGAACGAAGGUUAAAAACCGAUUAAGAUUAACGAUUAACAAAUUGUUGUUUGACUUUAAACUGUUAAUUUUAACAGAUGGCUACGUAUUUUUCCUUCAUGCACCAUAUAAUUAUAUGGAGCUUAUCAUGUGGCUAUGGCGUAUAUAAACAUGAUAGAAUUGACAAAUGCGUGCAGAAAAGGUUGUAAAAAAUUCUAAACUGCAUUUGUCUUCCUAUUUCGAUAUCGUUCGGCACAAACACUUACGGGUCACAGAAACGACAAGUGUCAGACAUAUUUGUUACUAAAAUACAUUUGACAUUAGAUAGCACUAAAGUAUCUUUAAAGUUUCACACUCGACUUUAAACCGCGCGUUUGGUAGAUCAAAAUACUGACGGUUUGAUAUCUAGUGUGGCACGGAUUAAAAAAGGAAGCUUGACUUAAACAUUGCCAAAAGUAGAGGAAUUACGCAAACUUACAUUCCUAAGCUUACACUAAAAUUUACUGACAUAUUCGAUGUACAUUUCAAAACAAAUUUGUACCUUAAUAAUAACCUAAUAAGGUGCGUUUUUGUUUUCAAAAUUGUAAAGAUUAUGAUCAUUUUGGUACCAAAGUACCUCCACCGGAAUGAAGCUAACUGUAUUAAAAUAAGGUUAGUUAUAGUGUGAUUGAGUUUUUUAUUAUUUUUGUAUUGCUCAAAGUGUAAUUUAAUUUGUAACCAUGUGUUUGUAUGUUUUCGUGUAUAUUCCCGUAACGAUGAUAUGAUACCAUUGUAAGUGCAGUGUAUAAUAUUUAACUAUAUAAUUUAUUUAUUAAUUUGCAAAA